CAUGGCGUUCCUCUUCUUCCUCUUCUCUCCUUCGCCCAUCGGUACCCUCCGUCGAAUCCUCGGCUGGAGAAGGCCUACGUGGCACUCCAGGCCUGGAAGCACGCCAUCACCGCCGACCCAAAGAAUAUCACCGGCGACUGGUCCGGCCCCCUCGUCUGCAACUACACCGGCGUUUACUGCACGGCGGCGCUCGACAACCCCAGCCAGAUGACAGUCGCCGGCAUCGACCUCAAUCACGGCGCCCUCCAUGGCUCCCUCCCCGUAGAGCUCGGCCUCCUCUCCGACCUCUCCCUCCUCCACCUUAACUCCAACGCCUUCCGUGGCACUCUCCCGGGGUCGCUUAAGAAUCUGAGGCUCUUGCACGAGCUUGACGUCAGCAACAACCAGCUCGGCGGCGGCUUCCCCUCCGUCGUCCUCGAGCUACCCUCUCUCAGGUUCCUCGAUAUCCGCUUCAACAGCUUCUGCGGCGACGUGCCUUCCUGCCUCUUCGAUCUCCCCCUCGAUGCUCUGUUCCUCAACGACAACCAUUUCACCUUCUCCAUCCCGGAGAAUAUCGGGAACUCGCCGGUGUCGGUGCUGGUCUUCGCCAGCAACCAGAUCACAGGGACUUGCUUCCCCAAGACGAUUGCGAACAUGCGCAACACUCUGCACGAGCUCAUCAUCAUGAGCGCCGGCCUCCGGGCUUGCAUCCCGCCGGAGAUCGGGCAGCUCACCAAGCUCCGCGUUCUCGACCUCAGUCACAACGGUCUCGUCGGGAACCUGCAGGGGACCAUCGGCGGCAUGACGAGUCUGGAGCAGCUGGACGUGGCCCACAACAAGCUCUCCGGCGAGAUUCCCGGCAGCAUAUGCGACCUGCCGCACCUCAAGAACUUCACCUACUCAUACAACUACUUCUCCAAGGAACUGGCCCGGUGCCUCAGUAUCCGCAGCCACGACGACCGCGAAAACUGCUUCCCGCUCCGGCCGCUGCAGCGUCCGCCCGUGCAGUGCGCCGCCUUCCUCUCCAAACCCAACUCCUGCGACUCCAACGGCUGCAUUGCCCGCCCACCGCCGCGGUCCCCGCCGGCCUCUGUUCGUCCUUAA